AUGGCCACCAAAUUAUCACCAAAACACUUUCCUUAUCUGCUCACUUCAUUGCUUCUAAUACUUCUAUCGGAGUCCGUAAAUGGUUUCUCAAUCAAAGAAGCUACAAUUUAUGAUAUCCAACAAGCCUUCAAGCAUAACAAUCUGAGUUCGAGACAACUCGUUGAGUUUUACCUCGAAGAAAUCUACAGACUCAACCCGGUCCUUAAUGCCGUGAUAGAGAUCAACCCAGACGCGCUUUACCAGGCAGACAAGGCUGAUUACGAGCGAAAAAACCAUGCUUAUGGAUCCUUUUCAGGGAUCCAUGGCAUUCCCGUUCUUCUUAAGGACAACAUUGGAACCAAGGAUUAUCUUAACACCACUGCCGGCUCGUUCGCAUUACUUGGCUCCGUCGUGCCACGAGACGCAGGCGUCGUGACUAAGUUAAGGAAAGCUGGAGCUAUCAUAUUAGGGAAGGCCAGCUUGAGCGAGUGGGCUGGCUUUAGGUCCACCAUUGCUCCCAACGGCUGGAGCGCUAGAGGUGGCCAAGGAAAGAAUCCCUACGUGCUAUCGGCGGAUCCUUGUGGGUCAAGUAGCGGGUCGGCCAUAUCGGUGGCGGCUAACCUUGUGGCAGUGUCACUGGGAACUGAGACUGAUGGCUCAAUUCUGUGCCCUGCAAGUUUUAACUCGGUUGUGGGCAUUAAACCAACUCCUGCGCUCACUAGCCGAGCAGGGAUUAUUCCAGUCACUCCUAGACAAGACACUGUUGGGGUACUAGGGAGGUCAGUGGCGGAUGCAGUUUACGUGCUUGAUACUAUUGCAGGCUUUGAUCGUCAUGACACCUCAACCAAAAAAGCAUUGAAAUUCCUUCCACAUGGAGGCUAUAAACAAUUUCUUAACUCUUAUGGUCUCAAGGGAAUGAGAUUGGGGAUAGUGAGAAAUCCCUUCUUUACUUCUGGAAUUGGAUAUCGCCAACUUCAAGCUUUCGAGUAUCAUUUCCAAACACUAAGGGAAAGAGGCGCAAUUUUGAUUGACGAUCUGGAAAUAGCAAACAUUGAUGUUAUAUUGAAUUUUACAUUGAGUGGAGAAGCAGUAGCAACACUGGCUGAGUUCAAACUAAGUAUAAAUUAUUAUCUAUCAAGCCUGGUGGUUUCCCCUGUAAGAACCUUAGCAGAUAUUAUAGCCUUUAACCUAAAGUACUCAGAUUUGGAAAUGACUCAGGAGUUUGAGCAAGACAUAUUUCUGGCCGCCCAAGCCACAAAUGGGCUUGGAAAGGCUGAGUUAGCAGCAGAGCUUAAUUUGAAAAAAUUGUCAAGAGAAGGAUUGGCUAAGUUGAUGUGGGAGAAGAAGCUAGAUGCUUUGGUGAGUCCUGGUGGAGUUGAUAUUAAUAGAGUGCUUGCUAUUGGAGGCUUCCCUGGAAUUAGUGUCCCUGCUGGAUAUGACAAUGAAGGAGUGCCCUUUGGCAUCGUCUUUGGAGGACUAAAGGGGUCUGAGCCAAAGCUAAUUGAGAUCGCAUAUGACUUCGAGCAAGCUACUAACAUUAGGAAGCCUCCUACUUUUAGACCUUGA